AUGAAUGUUGGUCUUCAACAACCAGUUAAUUCGACUACAUUUCCCGGAUUUAUUUCCGCGCCAGCGGGACAACCUAAUGUUGGCCAUUUGCCACAAGGAAUCACGAACGCAUUUAUCCCUUUACAAGUUCCCCUACCACCGGGACGGUCGUUCGUUGAUUCAAUUCCGCAAGCAAACCCAAUUCAAUUUAAUCAAACAGUGCCCUCCAUGCAGGGACUGCCAGUUGUUGAUCAAAUUACACCCUCCCCCUCGCAGUUAGCCGCGCGUCAAGUGAUGUCACGCGAUUUACCGAUAUUUUCGGGCGAUCCAGCAGACUGGCCCAUAUUCAUAAGUAGUUUCAUGAACAGUUCGUUGUCGUGUGGAUACAGUAGUGCCGAAAACCUCGCGCGUCUACAACGUUGUUUGAAAGGACCAGCCUAUGAAAGUGUCAAAAGCAGGUUGUUGCUUCCUGAAUCAGUGCCUCACGUGAUCGACACCCUUCGCUUGCUGUACGGACGACCUGAGUUACUGAUCAACGCGUUGCUGCAGAAGGUGCGCAGUGUUCAAGCACCUAAGGCGGAGAAGCUUGAGACAAUCAUCGAUUUCGGCUUGGCUGUGCGCAGCCUUUGUGACCAUUUGCAAGCCGCUGGACAAUACGAUCAUCUCUCCAAUCCGACGUUGCUGAUGGAACUAGUGGAGAAGCUACCAGCGUACACAAAGAUGCAGUGGGCGGAUUACACGCAGCAGCAUUCGGUCGUUAACCUGAAGGUGUUUGGCGAUUUCAUGCUUGGAGUCGUUACAUCAGUCAGUAGAGUGACAACAUAUGUCGGAAGUAAUGUCGGCCAGCAAAAACCGAAACAGAAGGGAGCUAUAAAUACGCAUGCUAGUGAAACAGAAACAGCUCAGGAGCUAGGACGUGAGAAAGAACGGAUGUGUGUUUGCUGUAAGAAGUUUGGUCAUCGAGUAGCAGAUUGUGCGUUGUUCAAGACGUAUACGGUAGACAACCGGUGGAAGUAUGCACAGGACAAUGGGCUCUGCAGGAGUUGUCUUAAUGCACAUGGAAGAAGAAGCUGCAGGAAUUCAAGACCGUGUGUGAUCGAAGGAUGUCAGUACCGUCAUCAUCCGCUGCUGCAUUCUAAUCGUCCCAGUGUUAGCGGACGUUUCAAUCAGGGAUUGUCAACCAUUCACAACCAUAUUCAUCGGCAGUAUAAGCAAUCUCUACUGUUUCGCAUUAUUCCUGUUAUCAUAUCAGGUCCGCGAGCAACGGUUGAAACGUAUGCCUUCCUGGAUGACGGUUCAGAUCUAUCACUGAUCGAAAGUAGUCUCGUUGAUCAGCUGGGAAUAGACGGUUGGAAAAAUCCGCUCUGCUUGAAGUGGACAGGGAACGUCACUAGAGUUGAACCUGAAUCGAGACAAGUACGAAUCAUGAUAAAGGGACCUGUCAGUAAGCAACAGUUCUCACUCAAGGACAUUCGCACAGUGAAGGAACUCACGUUACCGGAACAAAGUCUCGAUUACGACGAAUUGUCCCGACGGUAUCGAUAUCUCCAGGGUUUACCAAUUGCCAGCUAUGACAAUGCGGUUCCUCGUAUUUUGAUAGGCGUUAACAACGCAAGCCUCACAGUCCCGCUGCAAGUAAGAGAGGGUAGGAAAGACGAUCCUAUCGCAGUGAAAACCAGACUUGGAUGGUGCAUCUUUGGUGGCUGCGGGAUGAAAGCUACUCAUACGUUGAAUUGCCAUACCUGUGAAUGUUCCAGUGACCGCGAGCUGCAUAAUGCAUUGAAAGAGUAUUUCACGAUAGAGGAUACGGGAGUGAAGCCAUUGGUACAGCUAGAUUCCGAGGAAGACAAACGCGCCAAGAUCAUCAUGAAGCAGACGACUAUUCGGGUUGGCGAGCGGUUUGAAACGGGGCUUCUGUGGAAAUAUGAUCACGUUGAGCUUCCUGACAGCUAUAACAUGGCAGUAAAGAGGUUUGAGUGUUUGGAACGAAGGAUGUCCCGUGAUCCUCAGUUGGCUACGAAUCUGAGCAAGCAAAUAGACGAGUACCGUCAAAAGGGCUAUGCACAUCGAGCGACACCGGAAGAAUUGGAACGGGCUGACCCAAAACGGGUGUGGUACCUACCAUUGGGAGCAGUAACAAACCCAAGAAAACCAGGCAAAGUUAGACUUAUAUGGGACGCAGCUGCUAGGGUAGAUGGCAUAUCCCUCAAUUCCAUGCUACUCAAAGGUCCCGAUCAGCUAACGUCGCUUCCUGCAGUUGUGUCGCGUUUUCGGCAGUUUAAGGUGGGAAUUUCAGCGGAUAUCAAGGAAAUGUUCCACCAACUGCUGAUUCGUGAGCAAGAUCGCCAUUCCCAACGCUUCUUAUACCGGAGUAAUCCAUUAAAGCCUUUCGACAUCUACCUCAUGAACGUAGCAACCUUCGGGUCCACGUGUUCUCCGGCUUCGGCACAGUAUGUUAAAAACAAGAAUGCCGAAGAAUUCGCUGAUCUAUUCCCACGAGCAGUCGAGGGCAUCAUUGAAAACCAUUACGUGGAUGACUUCCUCGAUAGUUUCGAAAGUGAGGAAGAGGCAGAACGGGUGUCGCAAGAGGUCCGAUCAAUACACCUGAAAGGAGGAUUCCAAUUAAGGAAUUGGAUGUCAAACAGUGCAGACGUUUUACGCGAAAUGAAUGAAAGUGAUCCGGGGAUCAGCAAGAGUCUCUACUUGAGCGUGUCGGAGGAUAGUGAUCGAGUGCUAGGAAUGUUAUGGCAAACCAAUGAGGACGCAUUGUGGUUUCCGAUGUUAAUGAAGGAAGAAAUCAAGGAGGUGAUAGAAAGUGGAGAGCGUCCAACUAAACGACAAAUGCUAAGGUGCUUGAUGGGAAUAUUUGACCCUCUGGGACUCUUAAGCGUAUUCCUCGUCCAUGGGAAGGUUCUUCUUCAAGAUGUGUGGCGAGCUGGCCUACAAUGGGACGACAAGGUAUCAGAAAAAAUAUUUGACCGCUGGGUCAAAUGGACCGGUCUGUUUUCAAAGAUCGGAGACUUGCAUAUCCCACGAUAUUAUUUUAAGACCACUCAGACAUACGAGCAACUUCAACUUGAGUGA